UCAGGUUUCAUCGCCUCUUUAACACUCUUUAAAAAGCGACUAUAACAAGUUUCCACUUGCAAAUUUUACAAAAAAAGGUUUAUUAUCUAAAAAAAUGACAUGUUACGCCAUAAGAAAAAGAAAUAUAUUUUUGAUAACGUCAAACUUCCAUCAAUCAUAUUUACAACACAACAUCGAUACCGCGACUCUUGACUCUAGUCUUAAAAACGGGAUUUAUAUUUAAGUAUUUUUUUACAAAAACUCGACAAAAAUGUCUGUCUUCGACGGCGAAAUAGAAUAUCGUUCUGUGUAUAUGGUGGACUAUGACAAGAAGAUUAAACCCAAAAGUCCCAGACGCAAAGCGGUUGACGAUGACUGUCUUAUAGUUGGUAUGAAUCGUGACUCGCUGAAGACCAGGGAGGCCCCGCGGAGGUGCCCCGACAUCCUCUGUCCCAUGAAACAUGAAUAUUACAAAAAGGCUGUGGAAAGGUUCAAAGAAGACUACCCAAAAGUGACCAAGAAGUACAUGUCCGAAGACUUGGACCCCGUCCCCAUCGACAACGCGAAACAAGACCUAAAGCGAACUGAAUACUUGACCAAGUAUUGUUCUAGAGAGCUCCCGUUCAUGUCUGUGAACCUGGCCCGGCGCGCCCGCGCACUGCAGACCCUGCGCCUGCCGGACGACAUCGCGAUCCCCGACACCAGCCAGCGCGGCUCGUACCGCGCGCCGCGACCUGAGAAGUACGCCGAGCCGCCCUCCGCCAUGUCCAUGAAGCCCAAGUUUGAUAAUUCUUUGCGAAAGGAACUUCGACGUAUCCUACGCGUGAACACAGGAGACACCACGUAUGGCGCGUGCCACGGCCUGCUGGCGAAGGUUGUACUCGAAAAGAAUCCCUUCGGCAAACCCCGCAAAGAGCCACGAUACGGCCGGUGGAAGAACCCCUACAUGUACACUUAUAGAUUAUGAAUUUUCUUGCUUAAUAAAGUUGUUUUGAAUGUUA